AUGGCUCUCAAAACUUCUCUCGGCUUCCUUGUCCUCUCACUGGUCUGCGCCUCAACUUAUGCUCAGUUGACUUCACUGUUGGUUCCGGCCGGUGACCCCGGCACCACAUACACUGCGUCAGUCUUGGGUUCCGAAGGCGACGUCACCUCUUACCAACUCGUCGCCACCAUCAUCAUAGGCGACCCGGAUUCGUACCAAACCAUGCCCACCCCAGUGACCCUCAUUGUCUCCCCCACCGCCGUCGCCGAGAUCGUGGGGGGAACCGAGACGGACUGCACGCUCGGCGACGACUCCGUCUGCGAAUACAUUGUCGCCGGUGGCAUCCACGCGUCCGCUCCGGUCACCCUGCAGGAGGUACCUGUGCAGAUCAUGCAAGAGGGCGGAAGCCCCGACAGCUCUUCCACCGCUCCUCCCGCCACAUCCACAGACCCGCUCACCACAUCCACCGACCCUACUACCACAUCCACUCGGACCGGGCCUGUUAGUUCCACUAAAUCGAAGCCGAGCGGGAGUACGAGUCAGUCACAGUCCUCAUCUGCGAGCACUCCCACGAAAACUUCGAGCGGCUCGGAGCGGGCAGUGGUCAAGGGCGCGUCUGUUCUCGGGAGCGUGCUUGUAGGCCUGGGUAUGGCCUUCGGUAUCGCCGUCUAA